GCAUUUAUUUCCAUUACUAUUUCGCUAGUCAUAGAAAGGCACAAUAUGAAUCAGGAAUAAUAUUGUAUUUCUAUUACUCUUUCAUGGAUAAUGACGACAAUUGUGAAAGGCACAUCAUCAUUCCAAUCCAAACCCAUUUCUCUUGGAUAAUGACAGACAAGUAUAGAAAGGCAUAUCAUCAUUCCAAUUCAAAUCCAUUUCACACAAAUCUUUAUCUAAAAUGACUGUGUCAAAUCCCCCUCCUGUGCUCUGUUUCUGAAGCACAGAGAGCAAACAUCGAUUGCUUUUGCUUUUGCUAUGGCAAUGGCAAUGCAGUUGCUUGUCCCAUAUUUCUUGGUAAGUGUGUUUGUGUUGGGGAUUUCUGGUGCAAGAGGAGAACAGUAUAUAUCUGCCGUUGGGGACCCUGGAAUGAAGAGAGAUGGAUUGAGAGUCGGGUUUGAAGCUUGGAACUUCUGCAAUGAAGUUGGACUAGAAGCUCCUGGAAUGGGAAGCCCAAGGGCCGCAGAUUGCCUUAAUUUCCAUCUCCAACACAGUGAUAAAUCUUUUCUGGAACACAAGGUAACAGAAGCUGAUAAUAAACUUGGGGUGGGGAAACCAUUCCCUGGAUUGAACCCAAAUGACACUGGCAAUGCAGAUCUUUAUGCAGCACAGAAGAAGCUGUAUCUGGGUUCUUUGUGUGAAGUUGAAGACAUACCAAAUCCAUGGCAAUUUUGGAUGGUAAUGCUCAAAAAUGGAAAUUUUGACACUAGGUCUGGGUUGUGUCCUGAAAAUGGUAAGAAGGUACCACCUUUUAAUCCAGGUAGCUUACCUUGCUUUGGAGAGGGGUGUAUGAAUCAACCCAUUUUGUAUCAUCAUCGGACGAAGCUAUUCAAUGAUGUUACACUGAGGGGAGGUUUCAAUGGGACAUAUGAUUUGGAUGCUGAUAUAGAGAAUGGACUUGAAGGGAUCUCCUUCUAUGAGGUGAUUUGGGAGAAGAAAGUUGGUGUUGGGAGUUGGGUUUUCAAUCAUAAGCUCAAGACCUCAAAGAAAUACCCAUGGUUGAUGCUCUAUCUUAGAGCUGAUGCUACCAAUGGAUUCUCUGGAGGAUAUCACUAUGACACAAGAGGCAUGCUCAAAAUUCUUCCAGAGUCACCUAAUUUCAAGGUCCGAAUGAGUUUGGAUGUCAAAAAAGGUGGAGGACCAAAGAGCCAGUUCUAUAUGAUAGACAUCGGCAGCUGCUGGAAAAACAAUGGUGCUCCAUGUGAUGGAGAUGUGCUAACCGACGUAACCAGAUACAGCGAGAUGAUUAUCAAUCCUGAAACUCCAGCAUGGUGCAGCCCCACAAGCAUUGGCAACUGUCCACCGUACCACAGUACACCAAACGACACAAAGAUUUACAGGAACGAAACUGCCAACUUCCCAUAUGGUGCAUAUCACUAUUAUUGCGCUCCAGGGAAUGCUGAAUAUCUGGAAAACCCUGUUAGCACUUGUGAUCCUUACAGCAAUCCUCAGGCACAAGAGAUAGUUCAGUUGCUGCCUCAUCCGAUAUGGGCCGACUAUGGCUAUCCAACCAAACAAGGGGAUGGUUGGGUUGGGGAUGCAAGAACUUGGGAGCUUGAUGUUGGUGGGUUAUCCAGUAGACUCUACUUCUAUCAGGAUCCUGGUACUGCUCCUGCAAGAAGAAUAUGGACAUCCAUUGAUAUGGGUACUGAAAUUUUUGUUAGUGACAUGGAUGAAGUAGCAGAAUGGACCUUAAGCGAUUUUGAUGUUCUUCUGACAUAAUUGAAAACCCAAAAUGUAGUUAAAAAGUUCAGAGUAAAAAUAAAAGGUAGUUUGUUAGCCAGAUUGAUCCAAUCUAUUGUUAUAAAUCCACACUAAUAAUAUUGUCUGUUUUGGGUUA